GGUGUGGAUAAAAGAUAGAAACUAAAGAAAGCGAGGAGGUUGAGCUGCAGUGGACAUGGAGGCCGUGUUAGCCUCCCGCCAUUUCUCCACUCUUUCCCCUUCUCUCUCUCACAACCCAACCCUCUCUUCUUCUUCUUCUGCCAAAUCCAUCAAGUUUUCCUCUCCUUCUACCAUUGCUUCCUUAUCUUCCAGAAAUUGCUUUGCGAAAGAGAUCUGGGGUUGGGUGAACUCCAAGGGCGUGGCUGUGAGAAGAAGAGACGUGCGUGGAGUUGUCGUGAGGGCUGAAAUGUUCGGCCAAUUGACAAGUGGCCUUGAGGCUGCAUGGAACAAGCUCAAAGGAGAAGAGGUUUUGUCUAAAGAGAAUCUAGUGGAGCCUAUGCGUGAUAUUAGGAGAGCUCUUCUAGAAGCUGAUGUUAGCCUUCCUGUUGUUAGAAGGUUUGUGCAGUCUGUCAGUGAUCAGGCUGUGGGUGUUGGUCUCAUUCGAGGCGUGAGACCGGAUCAGCAAUUGGUUAAGAUUGUCCAUGAUGAACUUGUGCAAUUGAUGGGUGGUGAGGUUUCUGAACUGGUUUUUGCCAAAUCUGGGCCCACUGUCAUUUUAUUGGCUGGACUUCAGGGAGUUGGGAAGACAACUGUUUGUGCAAAGUUGGCAAAUUAUCUCAAGAAACAGGGGAAGAGUUGCAUGCUAGUCGCUGGGGAUGUUUAUAGACCUGCUGCUAUUGACCAACUUGCUAUUUUGGGUAAACAGGUGGAUGUUCCUGUCUAUACAGCAGGUACCAAUGUUAAACCCUCAGAAAUUGCUAAACAAGGUUUAGAAGAGGCAAAAAAGAAGAAAAUUGAUGUGGUUAUUGUUGACACUGCUGGUAGGCUGCAGAUUGACAAAACAAUGAUGGAUGAGUUAAAAGAAGUAAAGCAGGCAUUGAAUCCAACAGAAGUUUUGCUUGUUGUGGAUGCAAUGACAGGGCAAGAAGCUGCAGCCUUGGUGACUACUUUCAAUCUUGAGAUUGGAAUAACAGGUGCCAUCUUGACAAAGCUAGAUGGUGAUUCAAGAGGUGGAGCAGCUUUGAGUGUUAAAGAGGUAUCAGGAAAGCCAAUUAAGCUAGUAGGACGGGGGGAACGCAUGGAGGAUCUUGAACCUUUCUACCCUGAUCGAAUGGCGGGACGCAUACUAGGAAUGGGAGAUGUUCUGUCAUUUGUAGAGAAGGCACAAGAAGUUAUGCGUCAAGAAGAUGCUGAAGAACUGCAAAAGAAGAUCAUGAGUGCAAAGUUUGACUUUAACGAUUUUCUAAAGCAAACUCGCGCAGUUGCAAAAAUGGGUUCUGUCUCUCGUGUCAUUGGAAUGAUUCCUGGUAUGGGGAAGGUUACCCCUGCUCAAAUUCGAGAUGCAGAGAAGAAUUUAAAAAAUAUGGAAGCCAUGAUAGAAAGGAGAGGGAAAAGCCAGAACUGUUGGCAGAAUCCCCUGUCAGAAGGAAAAGAAUUGCUCAGGAUUCAGGGAAAACAGAGCAGCAGUGAUAUACUUCCUAACUUAGAGGAAUGUCCAACAAUAAUAUCAGAUAAGCCAGCUUGUAGCUCAACUAUUCCAAAUGCGUGUUCGUAUGAAGAACCUGAUGGGUGUAAUGGAAAGUGGAUCACUUCCAACCCUUAGUAAUCUUGAGGAAGCACUUAAAGCAGAGGAAAAGGCUCCACCUGGCACUGCAAGGAGAAGGAAGAGAUCAGAUUCGAAAAGUCCAUUUGCAGACUCAACACCAGCAAGGCCAACUCCUCGUGGUUUUGGGAGCAAAAAUUGAAAUUUCUAAAAGGUUCAACAAUCAACACUAAACAAUAGAAUGGAAAGUUUGGAUCAACAGAUCACUAGUGAUCAACUUUGUUUAAUUUAGCUUUCUUCAGCUAAAAUAAUUAUUUACCAUCGUUAGAUCAAUUCAUAUUGCACU